AUGGCCCAACAAAACGCAGCAUCUCAAAAACAAAUGGCGAAGCAGAAUGCAACAACCCAGAAGCAAAUGGCCCAGCAAAAUGCGGCUAUGGGGAAACAGAACCAGCACAUGAACCAUGAGCUGCAAGCUAUGAAACACCAGCAGCAGAAGGGUAGUGGUCAUGGUGGUGCUGGCAAGAAAGUUCUGGUUGGCGCUGCAGUGGGCGCAGCAGCUGGUGUUGGUGGUGUCAUGAUCUAUGAGAGAUAUCGCGAAGAGACAUAUGUUCAAGAGCAGAUUAUCCGAAACGAAGACCAGAGGCCCAUGGAUCAAGAUAACAGCGACUCGGACCAUAACUACGACCGCAAUGAUAACCCUUACGACUACGAUCGAAACGAUAACGACCAUUAUCGUAAUGACAACGACCAAUACAUGCCACAGCAGGAUGAAAAUCAAGGUGAAUAUUACAAUCAACAGGAUACAAUGGACACGCGUGGGCAAGUUCAAAAUAGUGGGGGCGAUGGAAAUGAUGGUGAUUGCUGUGGCAGUUGCAAUAUGACUGGACAGCCCCGUGACCCACCGUGCCCUUACCAGGUGACCCGCACCUUACGUCAACGGCAGGUGCAACCGGGGGACAACCUCUAA